GUCCUUCCAGGCUCCUCCUCUCUCCCCACUCCUUUAAUAGGUCCUAAAGUGGGGUCACACCACUCUGCCAGGCUCACCCUGAACUUCCACCAUGGCUUACAUUGCCAAGUCGUUCUAUGACCUCACUGCUAUCAGCCUGGAUGGGGAGAAGGUAGAUUUUAAUACAUUCCGAGGCAGGGCUGUGCUGAUUGAGAAUGUAGCAUCGCUCUGAGGCACAACCACCCGGGACUUCACCCAGCUCAACGAGUUGCAAUGCCGCUUUCCCAGGCGCCUGGUGGUGCUUGGCUUCCCUUGCAACCAAUUUGGACAUCAGGAGAACUGUCAGAAUGAGGAGAUCCUCAACAGUCUCAAGCAUGUCCGCCCCGGGGGUGGAUUCCAGCCCACCUUUACCCUUGUCCAGAAGUGUGAGGUGAAUGGUCAGAACGAGCAUCCGGUCUUCGCCUACCUGAAGGACAAGCUCCCCUACCCUUACGAUGACCCAUUUUCUCUCAUGACCGAUCCCAAGUUCAUCAUUUGGAGCCCUGUGCGCCGCUCAGAUGUGGCCUGGAACUUUGAGAAGUUCCUCAUCGGGCCGGAGGGGGAGCCCUUCCGCCGCUACAGCCGCACCUUCCCCACGGCCAACAUUGAGCCCGACAUCAAGCGCCUUCUCAAAGUUGCCAUAUAGCUAUGGGCUGCUCCGCUCAGAUCUCUGCUCCAUAAAGCCCCGAGCAUCUUUCCUUCGGAUGCAGUGUGUCCUCAGGAAAUGCUGCUGAACCCAAGCUUUCCCUUGAGACCUGUCUCCUUUUUGAAGAGCCUUGCCUUUCCUAUCUGCCUGCUCCUUUUUCUCUCCCAACCUUCUGGUUGGUGAUUCAACUUGGGCCUCCAACUCCUGGGUGGGCUCUGGGCCUUCACAGAAUGACGGCACCUCCCUAAACCUGGACGGGCGGUGUCUGAGACGUGUGAAGAGCUCCGAGCCAGCCUGCUAGCUGAGUCCAAUAAAGGGCAGGUGUGAAACGGCCA